UGAGAGCGUGUACAUCCGCAGGUUAGAUUGCGUUGCGGUAUCGCACGCGUUUUUAGUUAACACUUGAGGGACGAAAAUGAAGUUGAUAAAAAUUGCUCUGCUGCUCUAUGCACUAGCUGGAUGCGAGGCGCUGUUUGGUAUCGAUGUUUCACCCAACAUUCCGGAAGCUGCAACCAUAACGAAUGCCUGCCUGAGGCUUAUGAUCGUAUCGCAGCAGAUCGUCAACUCAGUCAACAGUGUCGGAGAACUGUCGUUCGGCACAUUCCUGCUGCAAAGUGGGGCUACAUCGUUCGUCACCUCGGUACCACAGGCCUACACAGCGCUCGCUGCCAUCGCACGAGAAGUAAACACGGUGACGAAUGCGAACACAGGCAAUCUAAACACCAUUUUCUCCGUUGUGCUUACCAAUCUGAAAUCCUUUACCGCAGUCACGAUCGAUGAACGUUUUGCCAAAUGGUUGAUACUGCAGAAUUCUGCUUUCACGCCCGAUUUCUCAACCAUCAUUCAAACGCUGAACGAUGUGACUAGCUUUUUCGAAAACACGGCGCAACCGGGUAUGCUCCGCUUCUCGUCCAACCGAAUUACGCAAGCCACGUUUUACGGUACGAUCCCAAAGCAGACAGUCGCCAAUGUCGCGCAAAAGCUUACCGAUAUGGUCGUGUACCAUGAGUCGGUGGUGCUGCCAUAUUUCAACAGGUUUGGUAGUACCAUGCGCUGGGCCUCUGAUAAGAUGGCUCAAUUUCUCAGCAACAUGGACAGUGCGUUCCAAAGCAUCGACGGAACAUUGUGCUCCACGUACGAACGCUUCAACGAGCUGAACAGGACGUUCCGUUCGGAAGCAAAUGACAUGCAGCCUUCGAUUCAGUCCAGUGUGGCACAGUUCGCCAAGCGAAUGGAGGAAUUCAAUGAUCUGUACGUGGGAGGAUCGUCCGCGGACUAUGCAUUGACAGCGAACGACAUGUACAACUCUUACCUCAGUACGAUCGUACAGCAGACGAAGGUGAUAUCAAAUAGUCUAGAAACGGUACGGAACAAUUUUAGUGAUAAUGCCCUGGAAAGUUUCGGAGACACACUUGCGUCGGGCUUUAAGGCCAUGACGCAGUCAAUCUUAACCAUCCUAAGCCAGGCCACCACCACAAACAAAGUAGCCUGCACCGAUCAGGUUUUGCACAAAUUCAUCAGCGAUUUCAGUAGCGCUGCGCGGAAGUUAAGCGACUGCUUUUCCGGCAGCGAUUACGAUGUAUCGGCACCCGUCAGCGGUGAGAUUACUGCGGUAAAGGACAUCCAGAAAGACGUUGCCCAGUACUUCAACCAGCUGGUCAGUGCUGUUGGAGGACUCGCCAACUCGAGCCCCUUGAAUGCACGGAUGCAGCUGGACAUGUUUCUCACUGCGUUUUUUAGUGAAAGCAAGACCAUCACACCCACCAUCUUGCAGCAGCUGGUCAACAUGGCGACAGAUCUCGGGGCCAAUUACGCUCUUUUGAUCGGUCGAUCUCGCUACUGUUUGGCGAUGAACAAGGCUGUAGCAGUCCGGUUGGCAACUAACUUUCCUCAGGCAACAUUUGCCUGUGUGUCGUAGUAAAAUGCAAGUGUAUAAACAAUAAUGGAUUUUAUUUUGUUAAAUUUAUCCGGUUUUUUAAAGUAAAAAUAUGUGGCCUUCUUUAGAGAAUAAAAAAAUGUUUUCUUCGGAUAUGGUGUAGUAUCUUGA